GCCGACAACGCAGACGCGAACGCGAACGCGACCCCGCCCUGCAGCGCCCCCCUGACAGCGCCGCCCUGACAGCGCCGCCCAAUAGAGGCAAAUGCCGCCCGACCAUGGAAAGCCCGCCACCGCGUCCGCGCGCCGACGCCACCGGCGCGACGCGGACGACCUCGAGGCCGACUCCGGACCCUCGCGCGAGGUUGAACUCAAGCGAAGCAGGGGCGAGAUAUCGUGCGCCGAGUGUCGCAGGCUCAAGAUCAAGUGCGACAAGCAGAUUCCUUGCCAAUCUUGUCAGAGGCGAGGAUGCGCGGCGUUAUGUCCGAAUGGCAGCCUGGCUACUGGAGAAGGAACGCGGUUCGUCCUCGCUGCGACCGAGCAUCUCCACACGAAGAUUGGCAAGAUGCGCGACCGUAUCCGACAGCUCGAAGAUGCUCUCGGCAAGGCUCAGGCAGCGUCGACGAGCGAGCAACAUCCGCUUCUUCACGAAGAUCUCAUCUCCUUUGACAAGGAGGACGACGAUAUGCAGCUGUUCGACCAGCCGAAACCCAACGCUAUAGGAGACGUCGCGCUCGACCGGCUGGGCAUGCUCUCCAUCACAGAUGAUGGGAUAUCCCACUUCUUCGGUCCAACGGGCGUUAUCGAGAGCCUAUUUGCUAACGAAUCAGACAGCACGAAUAACUCGCCCAGCGUUGCCAGCACGCAGUCCGGCGGCUCAGGUCGGGACUCGCUCUCGCCCGCGGCCUCUCUUCCAGAUCCGCUCGCCCAUCUCUCCCGCUGUUUCCCCUUCCGCCCUUCCUCCUCCUCCCUCUCGCCCACCUCCUCCUCUCCCCCCAGCUUCGACCUCGUGCGCGCCCACCUGCCCACUUACGCCCGCGCGCACGCCCUCUGCCUCUCCUACAUCGACAAAGCGGACUGGCUCUUCGGCAUCGUCUCCCGCACGCAGCUCAUCUCCGAGAUGCUGCCCGCGAUUUACGCCAAGUCGGCGCCGUACCCGCCGGACGACUACAGCUCCCCGCACGACCUCGCGCUCUUCUACUCGGCGCUCUCCGUCGGCGCGCUCGUCGAGUGCGACAAUCCGAACGGGCCCGCGGACGCGGAGCAUUUCCAAGAGCUGAGCAGGGCCGCGCUCAACUGCCAGAACGUGCUCGAGAAGCCGACGCUGGCGUGCAUCCAGACGUUGCAUCUACAGAGCGUAUACCUCCAGAUGACGGGUCAGGACUCGACCGGGGAGCCGACGAUGGAGACCGCGUGGAGCGUGCAGUCCUUGGGGUCGCAGUUGGCGUACAGUAUCGGUUUACAUCGAGAUAGCGCCCGGUGGAAUUUGCCGGAGAAAUGGGUGCAACGACGUCGAGCAUGCUUCUGGAAUUUGUUCGUCGCGGACAUAUGGCAUUGCCUCUCAACCGGCCGCCCACCCGUGUUCACGCGAGAAUAUGUCGAUACUCAUUACCCCAUGGAUCCUGAUACCCGCGUCAACAAAGAAGGCAUCAUGGAGCCAGGAUACUCAUCUUGGUCAUACCGGUUCGCCGCGGAAUGCCUCAGCGACGUCGCGCGACGCACGUUGGGAGUCGACGCACCGAGUUACGACACCAUUCUCGACCUCGAUCGCAAGAUUCGCGACUUCCCCAUCCCGGGAAAGCUCUCUACUCCCAGUACUGACGGGCAGUAUCCACAGCAGCACAGGCCUUCUCCACCGAAGGAUGGAAGAAGCAUGCCGGAGGACCUUCAGCGCUUCGUGCUGUCACACACGAAGGAAGUCAUUCUGUUGUACAUCCACCGAUCAUUUUUCGCUCAGGCCAUCGUAGACGAUCCGGAGAACCCGUUGAAGAGUGCAUACGCUCCUAGUUUCCUGAGCGCGUGCAAGUCGUCAGCAACGAUACUCAAGAUGAUCAAGGAGCAGUAUUCUAUGCAACCGCAGCUCUAUGCGAGAUUCUGGAGCAUGUGGACGUUUGCAUUCACAGCUGCGAUCGUGUUUGGGACGAUUGUAAUGCACGGACCAAGAUCUCCUUUAGCACCAGCGGCAAGCAGCGAGCUCGAACAAGCGUAUGACCUUUUCAAUCGGGCAAGCAAGCACAGUCCGCGCGCCGCCAAAGCUCUCCCUAUCCUUACGCGCAUACGGGAAAAGGCUCAGGCCGCACUAGCAGCAUCGAAGCUUGAUCCUAACUCGGGCUCCGCCAAAGGCGCUGCGUGGACGACAACCUCUGGUCUAGACGAGAUUGACGAAGUCGCGAUUUUCGCUGGGAAGACUCGUGUACUGGCGCCACGAAGAAUCGGGACCGUACCGUCCGUCUUGCUCGAGGCGACCUCAGUAUCUAGCAUGCGUGCCUACCCACCCCCACCUCCACACCCUCAUGAUCCAUAUUCGCACCACCAUCAUCAUCACGAGCCGUACACAGCCACUCACAGUGAAAGUGCGUAUCAGGGCGAAUUCAAUGGGGCUCAUGCAUCGAAUAUGAGGAGCUCGUUGAGCGAACCACCGCCGACGCCGUCGUCAGUGGUUUCGACGUCGUCAGACGGAUGGAUGGGGCCGGAUCAGCGUCUCCCUUCGCUGUCAUCCGCAGUCGGCCCAUCCAGCUACCCGCAUCACCCUACGCCUCAGCAUCAUCAUCUUCACCUUCAACACCCACAACAUCAACAUCAACCUACCACCCCUAACGGUCGAGAGCAGCAAUAUUACAUCACGCCGCCCUCGUAUGACCAGAAUCAGCACUACGCGCCGCCGUCAACGCGCGUGCCACACUAUGACCAGAACGGCUAUAGCACUCCUGUACCGCAUGAACCACUGGGCGUCGUUGCUCCGGAUCCGUAUCACGCUCUCGACCCGCGCAACCCACAGGCGCAAAUUCAGUCGUCGACCCCGGACGUGCCUGCAUACCCGAAUAUACCCCAGAAUUAUUCGCCGCCCCACGAACUGGCCAACCUCGGCCUAGCGUCGCGCGAGUCACGCCUCGACGAGAGGUGGAUGGCGUUCAUGCAUAAUUCGGGAUACUUCUGAGCUCUGGACCGCAUACACUGAUAUUCAUCGUUGUGCUCGGCUUAUAUGUCAAACUAAUGUAACUAAUAGGUAUUCGG